AUGGGAAUUCCCGCUCUUUUAGCGACCUUCGCCGCGUGCGGCAGCAUUGUGACAUCUAUCAAAUCUGGCUGGGAGUUGCGUCGCAUGGUGAGACGCAAAGUAGAAGCGAAAGAGUGCGAAGAAGAAGCACCUUAUGUGUUUCGUCGGCUGCGCCUGGCGUAUUCGGACGGACUUAUGAGUGUUCAGGAGUACGAGCUAUGGUACGAGAGGUUUCUCGUGGCUAAAGUUGAGAAGGACUUGGCGGCCAUGAGGAGAAUCCGGGCCCAUCUCCGAGUACUCGAAAAUGGGGCGCCGGUGACUCCAAGCCAGCGCUCACGGGACUUUGAGAGGACCAGACGGCGGCAUUCGAUUUCAUUCGAAAGUAGCCCAUAUAAUGUCGGAUGGAGGGAUCUAAAAGAAACCAUUGAUUACCGGCAGCACCGUUCCUCUCAAGUGGGUGCGCGCCCAGAGGAAUUCAUCCGCAUGGACCAGCAAACACAUAGUCGCUCAUCCUCGUCAGAUAGCUCAUCGAGGUCCUGUAGCGAUCGUAGUUCACAGGCCUGCAAGGGGUAUCGGAAAUGGAUUGACAGCGAGUGGCCGGACUAUGACAGCAAUAAUGAGAGUAGCAAUUACUAUGAUGAGAAAAAGUCCCGGCGUCGUGGGCCAAUGGCUACAUUAGCCCCUCCACCGUCAAAACGGCAAAGACGAGAGGAGAUUCAGCGCACACAAACACAGCAAGAUGUGACGCCGUUGGUGGCCACCGACCUGGGCUCUUUCAAAGCCAACUUUAUCGACAGUGAUGGCAACCAAAUGACCGAUGUUGUCGAGAUCAACUUCGCCGACGCCACCGAAAAGAACAUCUCAAAUCUUCUAAACACACUAUUAGGCCGGGAUAGAGAAGAGUUUACCCCCUACCGUUUCCGCAUCCAUAUUCCCGGGAAAGAUCUCAUCAUCGACCAGUACCCGAAUGACUUGCUUAGUCUUCUACAGAAGCAUGGUGUGACAAAUCCUUUCGACGCAGAACCACAAGCUAUUUUUAAAGUCCAUGCCGUCUCACGACUCGCUCACCGUAUUCCAGGCCAUGGACAACCGAUUCUGUCAUGCCAGUUCUCCCCAGUAUCGUCAAGCCGCUUGGCAACGGGAAGCGGCGAUAACACUGCUCGCAUCUGGGAUACCGAUUCCGGCACUCCCAAGUUCACCUUAAAGGGGCACACCGGGUGGGUGCUGGGAGUCAGCUGGAGUCCUGACGGGAAGUACUUGGCUACCUGCUCCAUGGAUACAACAGUGCGGGUUUGGGAUCCCGAGAGUGGAAAACAGGUUAACCAGGAGUUCAGAGGCCAUGCAAAAUGGGUCCUUGCCUUGGCUUGGCAGCCAUAUCAUCUUUGGAGAGAUGGCACCGCACGCCUUGCUAGUGCCAGCAAGGAUUGUACUGUCCGUAUAUGGCUAGUAAACACUGGCCGCACCGAGCAUGUCCUGAGCGGACAUAAGGGAUCUGUAAGCUGCGUCAAAUGGGGAGGAACUGACCUGAUCUAUACUGGGUCGCACGACAGAUCUGUCCGUGUUUGGGAUGCCGUAAAGGGAACUUUAGUGCACAAUUUCACUGCGCAUGGACAUUGGGUCAACCACAUUGCGCUAUCAAGUGAUCAUGUACUUCGCACUGCGUAUCAUGACCAUACCAAAGAGGUUCCUGGAACUGAGGAGGAGAGGCGUGCGAAGGCAAAGGAGAGAUUUGAAAAGGCAGCAAAGAUCAAGGGCAAGGUCGCCGAACGGCUAGUCUCGGCAAGUGACGAUUUCACGAUGUACCUUUGGGACCCAACCAACAAUGGCAGUAAGCCUGUUGCAAGGCUACUUGGUCAUCAAAAUAAGGUGAACCACGUUCAGUUCUCUCCCGAUGGCACGCUCAUUGCCAGCGCGGGCUGGGAUAAUAGCACGAAGCUGUGGAACGCCAGAGACGGCAAGUUCAUCAAGAAUUUGCGUGGUCAUGUUGCUCCGGUUUACCAAUGUGCCUGGUCUGCUGAUAGCAGACUCGUUGUCACCGGCAGCAAGGACUGUACUCUGAAGGUGUGGAAUGUACGCACCGGAAAGCUGGCCAUGGAUCUACCAGGUCAUGAGGAUGAGGUAUAUGCCGUUGACUGGGCGGCAGAUGGCGAGUUGGUUGCCUCGGGAGGAAAGGACAAGGCUGUUCGGACAUGGAGAAACUAA